AUUACCAGUCAUGGUGUGGAUCCACGGAGGCGGAUUUGUGUUAGCUGGAGCGUCCGUGUUUGAUGGCUCUGCCCUGGCCGCCUACCAGAACGUGGUGGUGGUCCUCAUCCAGUAUCGUCUGGGACUUCUUGGUUUCUUCAGCACGGGGGAUGAACAUGCCCCAGGAAACAUCGGACUUCUCGACCAGGUGGCUGCGCUGCAGUGGGUCCAGGAGAAUAUCCAGAGUUUUGGGGGAGACCCCAAAUCUGUGACCAUCUUUGGAGAGUCAGCGGGUGGUGUUAGUGUGUCCCUGCAGGUGGGAAUCUCGAACACAGUCGCUUUGUGUGUACUUGGACAGUCAUGUAAUUAAGCUGUGUUCAAAUGCCCAUAUGCUCACAGCACAGUGACAGGUUGGGGCACAGUGCGGUCAGCAUAUGGGCAUUUCAACCCCCCCGCGUGGUGGCUAAGCAGCUGGAAAACAGAUGGGUGGGCACACAUAUAUA